GGUUAUGGUAGUUAUGACACCAUGCUCUACGAUUCAUACCGAAGAACGCCGGGCACUAGAGGACGGUAGUGCGGCAACGCAUUCUCAUAGAAGGCGCUGGAGCACUCCGGCAGAUCCCGGCGGCGAAUCUCUACACGAAUGCCUCACCACGGAUCACGAGUACAAGGAACAGCCAAGUAGUCAUGUACUGUCUGAAGUUAGUUUUGAGGAAAUUUGCUCGUGCUCGUCGUUGUCGGAAAUGGAUACAGUUUCUAUCUAGGGGGAGAGAUGACUCCGUGGGGAGCGCCGCUACUGACUGCGCCGAUACCGAGUGCGCCUCGUAUGGUGACGCGUGGAGAAGGGAGGAGAGGAAGAAGCGUGAGGAGGAAGAAAGAACUCCCGCCGUUUCUGACGACACUGGAUUGUAACGGACGGCCGAGAUUCUAUCACAGGAGGGUGAGAAGCGAAGGAAGGCUAGAGAUCGCAAGAGUGGCAGUUAAUUUGCCGGAGAUAGUGAGUGUUCGUGGAAUAGAAGGUCUCAGAAUCGGAACCGUUAGAGUCGUUGGUCAACAACACGAACACGAACACGGCGAAGGAGAUGGAAAUGACGUUCCAUAGGCCCAUUU